AUGACAUAUCCUAAACUCUGUGAGGGACUCGGGCUGGUCCAGAAGCCCUACACUAUAAACCUCAAGCCUGACGCCAAACCUUUCUCUCUUAAAGUACCACGGCGAGUACCACUGCCACUCAUGGGGAAGGUGAAGCAGGAGUUAGAGAGAAUGGAAAAACUUGGUGUCAUCAGCCGCGUCGAGGCACCAACAGAGUGGUGUUGCGGCAUGGUCGUAGCUCCUAAAAAGAAUAAAGAUGAAGUCCGAAUCUGUGUGGACAUGACACCUUUGAACCAGUCAGUGUGUAGGGAAAAGUUCAUUCUGCCGUCUGUUGAACACACCCUAGGCAUGCUCACAGGAGCUCGAUACUUCUCAAAGCUCGACGCAAACAUGGGCUUUUGGCAGAUACCACUAGCCAAAGAAUCAGCUCGCUAUACCACCUUUAUUACGCCAUUUGGGCGUUACCACUUCAACAGGCUACCUUUUGGAAUAAGCUCCGCCCCUGAGCACUUCCAGAAUAGGAUGACAUCAGAAGUCACAGCAGGCUUGGAUGGCGUAGUUUGUCAUGUGGACGACAUCCUCAUCUGGGGAGCUACAAUGGAGCAGCACGACGCGCGAGUACAUGCAGUCCUGGAGCGAGCAGAAAAGGCUGGUGUCACGCUCAACAUGUCAAAGUGUGAGUUUGGGAGGCAAGAGGUGAAGUUUUUAGGGCACAUCAUCUCAGCGGACGGAGUGAAACCCGAUCCUGAAAAAACAAAAGCUGUGCAAGACAUGAGAGAGCCAACAAACAUAAGUGAGCUUAGGAGUUUCCUAGGUAUGGUGAACCAGCUUGGGAAGUUCAUCCCUAACCUGUCUGAGAAGGACAAACCGCUAAGAGAACUCCUGUCUAAGAAGAACAUGUGGUGCUGGGGUCACGACCAGCAGAGGGCGUUCUGCAGUCUCAAACUCGAGCUCACCUCUGCGCCAGUUCUCCAACUGUACGAUCCCAGCAGCCCACUCAAGAUAUCAGCAGAUGCCUCAUCCUAUGGGUUAGGGGCAGUGUUGCUGCAAAAGAAGGCAGAGAUGUGGCUACCAGUCGCGUACGCUUCCAGGUCGCUGACUGAUACGGAACAGCGAUACGCUCAGCUAGAGAAAGAAGCGCUUGCCUUGACAUGGGCCUGUGAAAGAUUUAGCGAUUUCAUUCUAGGACUACACUUUGAGCUUGAAACUGACCAUAAACCUCUGGUGAGCUUGCUUGGAGGUCAGGCUCUGGAUGCUUUGCCACCACGGAUACAGAGGUUCAGGAUGCGCUUAAUGAGGUACUCCUACUCCAUCUUUCACACACCUGGAAAAAGCCUCACUUCGGCUGAUACUCUCUCACGCGCGCCGCUGAAAAAUGCAGUGACCAGAAGUGAUAAUGACUUAAUGGAGGACACUAAUAUCUAUGUGGAGUCUUUGCUGGAGAACCUCCCGACCAGCGACAGAUACCUGACACAGCUACGUGAACAGCUACAGGACGAUAGCGUUUGCGCACAAGUCAUGAGAUAUUGUGUGGACGGCUGGCCAGACAGGAACCAACUACAAGGACCUGUCAAACACUACUGGCACGAGAGAGCAGCCCUGAGCAUACAUAAUGGACUACUCCUGCGUGGCUCAAGGCUAGUUAUACCCGCUGACAUGAGAAAUGACGUGCUUGAUAGAGUACACGAAGGCCACCAGGGGGUAGUAAAAUGCAGGGAGAGGGCUAGUCAGACUGUAUGGUGGCCGGGACUGAGCAGUCAGAUUAGAGAACUGGUACUGAACUGCAGAGAAUGCAUUAAAGAGAGAGUCAAUCCAAAAGAGCCCCUGAUGCCAACCAAACUUCCAGAUAGGCCUUGGCAGAAACUAGGCGCAGACCUUUUCAUGUUGAGAGAAAAGACUUACCUCUUAGUGGUUGACUACUUCUCUCGAUACAUAGAGAUAGCUCAGCUCAGCCCUACCAGAUCUGUGGACGUUAUUGUUCAUCUCAAGUCAAUGUUCGCACGCCACGGUAUUCCAGAGACUUUUAUAAGUGACAAUGGCCCACAGUUCAGUGGACAUGAAAUGAAGGCCUUUGCAACUGACUAUUGCUUUGAACACUUAACGAGCAGUCCUAAAUAUCCACAGAGUAAUGGCGAGGCCGAACGUGCGGUUCAAACAGUCAAAAACUUGCUUAAGAAGGCCAGUGACCCUUAUCGAGCCUUGCUCGCGUACAGGGCAACACCCCUGAGCAACGGUUACAGCCCAGCAGAAUUGCUAAUGGGACGGCGUCUGCGCACCACACUGCCUAUCCUGCCAGAGAGGUUGCAGCCGGCGCUUCCAGACCUUCACGGGCUUCAGCAGACGGAGAGGGAGAAGAGAUGGGCAGGUGCAACAUGCUUCAACAGCAGACACCGGGCACGAGAUCUGGGUAAGCUGUCACCUGGAGACAACGUCUGGAUUUCUGAUGCAGCGGAACAAGGUAAAGUGACAUCCGUACACAGCAGUCCACGAUCAUACCACGUCAUGGGACCACAAGGGACACUGCGGCGGAAUCGUUGUCACCUGAUUCCGAUGCCGGAGUCAGGGUCGGAGUGUGAGCAACAACCCGACCAGCCACCUGGAGCAGACAGUGGCGUAGAGACUCCUCAACCAGCCACAGAGUCUGUAAACGCACCUGACAUCAUGAGAUCGAGGUCAGGCAGAGAAAUAAAGAAACCAGACAGACUAAACCUGUGA